ACGAAGAAGUGAACGAAUGAAUCGCGCUGUGUUUUGGUGGCUGCGAAACCAUGUCAUUAGCAGCAGCAGCGUCGUUUAGUUAUAAGCGCCAGCUUCGCAGCCUCUUUUCAAGACAGCUGGCGACUGUCGCCGCCGAGAAUGGGACGGAGACGCUGCGCACGCCGGUCUACCUCCAGCACAAGAUGCGCCAACUGCGACGCAAGCUGGUCGAGAAAGAUCGAGCAGCGGUACAGCGGCUCGGUCAGCUGGGCAACUCGCGGCGUCCCGUGGUCGUCUGCCGCCGGCCGGAGCGCAACUGGAACUGGGGCCAGACUACGGUGGGACAGCCGCUCGCAUCCGGUGGCUGGGCCCGCUCGUCGCGCAGCCACGGCGACCACUUCACGGUGAGGCGGCUGGCCGACGCGCCGCCGCCCCUCGAGGCUGACCCGUUUCCGGACUGGCUGGACCCGCGACUGCUGGCCGCGCUGCAAGCAAUGUCCAUCACCCGGCCGAGUCCUGUGCAGCUCGAAUGCCUGGAAGUGCUGACGCACGAGACGAAGCGCCCCGUGCUGUGCCUGGCCGAACCCGGCAGUGGCAAGACGCUGGCCUACCUGCUGCCCCUGCUUCAAGGCAUGCUGCAGCAACUUCAGCAGCAGCCGCAGGCAUUAGUCGUGGCGCCCAGCCGGGAGCUGGCUGCGCAGCUGGCUGGCGUGGCCCAUGCUCUGGCCAACGCCUGCAACCUCAAAGCGUGCCUCCUGUCCAGCCGCGCACAGCCCACACAUGUUGAACAAGCGCAGUUGCUGGUAUCCACUCCGGGUGUGCUUCGGCAUGCGGACCUGCGGCGCGUCAGGAGGCUGGUGCUGGAUGAGGUGGACACUCUGCUCGACGACAGCUUCCUCGGAUCCAUAACUGGCAUUGUGGACGAGGUUGUACGUCCGGACGCACAGCUGGUGUUGGUGGGCGCGGCGCGACCCGAUCGGGACGCCCUGUCGCAGCUGCUGGGUGACCAGGAGGCACACCUGUUGCGCAUCACCAGUCCGCAGCUGCACCGGCUACUGCCCCACGUGGAGCACCGAUUCCUGCGCUUGCGCCCCGCGGCCAAGAUGGCCAAGCUCAUGGAGCUGCUUCAGCGCAGGGGCCAGGCGCAACUGGUGUUUGCCAACACGAGCGCCUGCUGCAAGUGGCUGGGCCACCUGCUCCGCGAGAAUGGCAUGCAGGCUGCCUGCCUCCACGGGGAGAUGCCUGCGCAGGAGCGGCGACAACAGUAUGCACGCUUUGCCAAGGGCGAGACGGACUUCUUGGUGUGCACAGACCUGGGAUCGCGGGGCCUAGACACGUCACGUGCCAGCCGUGUGAUUAACUACGACCUGCCUGCAAACGUGGCCGACUACCUGCACCGAGCGGGCCGUGUGGGUCGCCUGCAGGGAAGCCCGCAAGCCACAGUCAUCAGUCUCGUGUCCUCCGUGGCCGAUGCGCACUUGGCACAGAGCAUCGAGAUAGCGGCACGUGAGGCAAGGCCCAUCAAUGCAAGGUGAUGACCAAGGAGACGUUUCCUGCAAGGUGGACAGACGAAGAAGAGAGCCAACAGGACGUGCAAGCGUUGCCUCCUUAGCCAACGAGAAGUGAAGAUGGCGUUAUUGCAGUAGCCAAUAGGAACUGAAAGUGAGAAGUCACCGGGGUAGCCUCUCCGCUUAAGCCAACUGGAAGUGCAUUGUUCAAGCGUAUUACACCGUAGCUUUGUUCAGCGCAGAAAUUGAAAAUAUUAUGCCCCGAUUUUAUGCCUCUUGAUACGGUACAUUAUUUUUUCUUGUAGCUGCAGGUUUUGUCACCCUAAAUUAAUCCAAGCACAAGAUUAUUUAUUCCAAGUGUCUUGCGUUUUAUUUGAGUAGCACGGAAAUUACUGUAUGUACCUGUUGGUUGAACCCAGACACAAACGAACUUACCGUAUUUACACGAUUUUAGCGCAUGCUUUUCUUUUUCUUGUAAAGAUUAAUUGAAAUAUGACACUAAUUAGAAUCGAGUAUAAAAUCAAAACUGAAACUGGUUGCGUCCAUAUCUUGCCCGUUCGAUUUUGUAUCCUGUCUUCCAGACUUGCCCUAACGGCAGGUACCGGAAGUUCGUUGAAGAGUUUAAGCAUGCCCGGUAUGCCACCAAAGGCACUGUAAAAAUUAUGGCAAUAUGAAGGAGGCUUGUAUAUACAGGCAUGUCAUUCGUGGUGUCUCACUGCGUGACGUCUUUUUUAAUGUAAAUAUUCUCGUUCAUAAUGUUUAGUCAAGCACCAUUGUGCUCGCUAUGCGAAAUGUCAAAGACCGGCAAUAAAACACAGAUGGACGCAUUUAGAGUGUUUCUUUCA